GCCUGAAAGGUGUCAACUGUCUUUUAAAAGUUAAAUGUCCUGUUUGGAAAACAUGAAUGUUGUUUUCGUAGCUUAGAAAGUUUUUCCAAAAAAGUCUAUUGUUUAGGCCAAAUUUUUAACUAAAGCAAGCAUUGUCUAGUUUACUUUGAUUAGCGGAUAUGGUGUUGACUAAAGAAUACCGAAUAUGUAUGCCCUUAACUACAGAAGAGUAUCGUGUAGGGCAACUUUACAUGAUUGCCCGACACAGUCUUGAGCAGUCUGGGGACGGCGAAGGGGUUGAAGUGGUGGAAAAUAAGGAAAUUGAAGAUCCAGAACAUGGCAAGGGCCAGUACACGGAGAAACGGAUCCAUUUAUCCAAUCGGCUUCCUUAUUGGAUUCAAGCAAUCAUACCAAAGAUAUUCUAUGUAACUGAGAAAGCGUGGAAUUACUACCCUUUUACAAUAACAGACUACACUUGUUCGUUUAUCCCAAGGUUUCACAUUUCAAUUCAAACGAAAUACGAAAACAACAGUGGAACUACUGAGAAUUGUUUAAAUUUGACUCCAGAUCAACUAGCUGAUCGAUUGGUUGAACAUAUUGAUAUAGCAUACGAUGAGGUAGCAGCAAAGCAUUACAAGGAGGAAGAAGAUCUGAAGUUUUUCCGAUCGGCAAAAACUGGACGUGGACCGCUAGUUGAGGGCUGGCGAAAUAAUUUCCAGCCCGUUAUGUGCAGCUACAAGUUGGUGUAUGCUUACUUCGAAGUAUUCGGGCUGCAAACUAAAGUGGAGGAUUUUAUCCAUUCGUGUAUUCGGGAAGUCCUCUUGCUAGGACAUCGGCAAGCUUUCGCUUGGAUCGAUGAAUGGAUUGAUAUGAGUGUAGACGACGUUCGGAAAUAUGAAUCUUCGCUCCAACAGCAGACCAACUCACUACUCAGGGAUAGCACUAGCCCUCAAGGUGCUGAAAUCCAGAGUGAUAUUUCGGAAGGUGCGACCCUGCCAGGGUCUCCAAAAUCGCCAGUUCAGAGUCCAGCUAAAAAGGGAUAUUUUAACUGGUUUUGAAUCAAUAUCGCUACCUAAAUUGGCUGUUAGUUUUGUACUUUGAUGCGUUGUAGAAUUCGGCCAGUGUCUUAAACGUCUUGCCAGUAUAAUUUGACUUCCAGUUCCCAUAAUUUAAUGGUCUCACCGCUAAUUGACUUUUCACCUAUAGCUAAGGAAUUCUUAUUUCUGCAUAUAUAUCAGUUGUUCCUAUUUGUUAAUAAAUUACUUUAUUACAUUUUAUUUCUUUGUUACCAAUUAUUUUCCAACUCUCUACGUGGACAAGUGGAAUGUUAUUUUUAUGAAUACGUUUUCUGUUGCUAAUUCAGCAAGAUUAAAAUAGCCUAUAGUUAUAUAAAAAAAACCAAUAGCCAGGAAUACUUGAACUUGAAUACUUGAAGCUAUUCGGAGUACCUACAAAUGUGGGUAUCCAGCUUAAUAAUAUCUUUAAGAAGCGAUGUCAUCCACUUGAUUUUUAAAAAUAUAUUUCUAAAUUUAUAUUUGCUUGUUAUUAUCUUAAGUGGUUUGCCAUUAGGUGACCACGCAGGUGGUGAAAUCUGAUGAGACGUUUAAAGAAGGUAUAAUUGUAAUUUUAGAGUUCUCAAUGAUAAACACAUAAUACACUACAUUUUUGCCAGCAAUUUUAAGCUAAAAUACGUUAUGCAAAAUAUUACGUUAAGGAAGCUGGGCCAAUUUUCCUAGUUAUCUUUAGUUGAAAGUCUUGAUGAGGCAUGUUGUUUAUCGAUUUUGCAAAUGUAGAUUACAUCACUUUUUCAAACUCACCAGCUACUUAAAUAAUAACAAAUACAAGAUUUACAUUUCAUCUACUUGUACUUUGCAGAUGAGAGCUGAUUAGAUAAAUUUGUUUAUGCGAAAAUAUGAUUUAAGUGCAAUUGUGUUGUAUGUGGUCAUUUCAAAUUUGCUUAUGUAAAUAAAAUACAUUCGUGGAUGAUCCUAUUCUUGAGCGGUAACCACUUAAUUUCCCCAUGUUUAGUAGUUGUGUUAAACUUUAUACGGAAUAUUCCUAAUGUAGCAUGUAAACCAUAAAGAGCUUGCAGCUGACUUUUGACUAAAAAUGCAAAUAAACAGCGACAAACAAAUGCAAAUAAACAGCCAAAUCCUUGUUGGGAUCGACAGGGUGACAAUUUUUUAAAGCAAAUAUCUUUUCGCAUUUUCAAAAAUCAGCUCUCUGUUUAGAAAAAUUCGCUUAAAAAAAGAUAAAAAUAUCUCCAUUUCUUAAUUUAAUAAACAAAAGACCGUUGUAUGGAAAUAAUCGACGUUGCAAUGAAGAGGGUGAAGUCGUACCAAACAAAAUUAUCAUUGAAAUAACGGACUUCUGCGUGUGGUCUAUACUUAGAAAUCACAUUAUACGUAUAAUAGCAAGUGCUUGAGUCUGAACAGCCCCAAUACGUAUACAGAAUAAUUGGAAAGAUUGAUUACAGCAAAAAACAUCUAAGUAUGUCAAAAGCACUUCAAUAACGUAAAAAUACCUUGAAUAUUAAUAACAUUAUUUGAGAGCAUAUUACGCUCCGUUGUUGUGUCAUUUUCGCUACGUAGUUUGAAUAAAAAAAUGAACAAUUAUACACUAAUAUUAUGCGAGUUGUUGCAUACUUAGCGCUGAUAAGAACAAUACUUUGUAUAUAUUUUUUUAGUUCUGAUUUCUGUAGUUAUUAAUGCACCUAUACCUACUUUAAAUAAACCCUUCAGUCAUAAAAAUAGCAUUGAUUGCAAUCAAAUAUGCAAUUGAUCUUGAAUUAUGGGUAGUAGUCAACACUACAUAUCUGGAAACAUCUACUUAUCUAGAAGAUAUAUUAUAUGAGAAAAAAGAAUUGGAAAUGACACCAAAUGGAAAAUAAUCACUUAUUUAUAGUAUCGCUGACUAGUUAAAUGCAUCUAACAAUUUUGUAGAUUGAAAAACUUGACAAAAUUAAAAAAGGUUUAAAGUUAAAAAAAAUCUUUGAAUGAACUGCUUGUGGAAGAGUUGCAACUUUAAACACCAAACGCAUGGUUUGUUUCUGAAACAAUUCCAUAUAAACAAACAACUCUGCCUGAUUCGAUUUACUACUAGAUACAUCUUUAAGCGGGAAUGGAGAAACCGAAGAACGAAAUAUAGAGCAUUGCUAGGGAUCAAAAGAACACGUGCUGAAGAUUAUGUUUCAAGUAAUAGCAGCUUAUUUUCAAUGAUGACUUAGUAUCAGUGACGAUAUUUAUUUAAAAAUAAAGUAUGUGGUUAUUAUUUAUUUAUCGAUCAAUUGUUUUGUGCACGUCUAAACAAUUCAGGCGCUAUCAUAAAUUGAAAUCUGUAGGCACUCAAACAUAUUCCAUAACGUGUGCAAAGGUCUAUUGAAUAAUUGAUACUCGUCACUGAAAAUCAGAAUCUCACAUUUUACGGAAACUAUUAUUUUCACACUAUUUUUUAAUUUAAACCGAUGAAGAAAAUUUGGAUUUAACAUUGACAUGAAAAGCAAAUGAAAAAUUAAGUCAAUGAAUGAAAUAUUCAAAAUUGUAAUCAAAUGAGUAUAAACAAUUACAAUAUACAUCAGGAACCUAAAAUUUUCUGUUGUCGACAAGGAGAUGAUUAUAUUCAUUGUAAAUGUUCGGCGAUUUAAAAAAUGAUUCGUCAAUAUUUAGAUACAAAUUUUGAUUUACAAUUAAUUCCGGAUAUUCUAUUAUCUGUUAAUAAUGCUAUCUGAAAUACUGUAAUCAAUUAGGGUUAAGCGAAAUACAAGUACUCCUAAGGUUUCGCUAAAUAUUACUACUUCACGUUUAAAAAAGUCGAAAUACUUAAAAAGGAGUUAAUCAAAUUUUUCAAAAAUUGGAACAAUAAAGUUUAUUUAUUUGCCAUAACAAGACCACAAUAGCUGUUUGCAAUAAAGCUUUUACCUGGCCACAGUUAACUUUAUCUUAAACUAAAAAAAAAAUAAUUCUCAUAUUGAUCCCCUAGAAGAAAUCGCAUGUUAAAUGUUAACAGGGUUUUAGUUUAAUUGACGUCAUUUGAUUCAUAUUGAAAUCAACAAAAAACGCUUAGUACAGUCACGUGGAGCAGACAAAAAACAGCGAAAAAUCUGUUUAUGAACGAAAGUACAAAAAAAUCAUAUAUACACAUUUUAACUACAAAGCGCAAUAAUAAACUGAACAAAGAACAUCAAUGCCGUCUCUAAAUGAACUAGACUGGUUUACGUUAUGCUCCAUUAUUGUGUAAAAUCCAUUAAAACAAAUAUAAAAUAAACUUCGUAAAAGUUGCGUAAGUUUGAACUACAUUGAACACAAAAGUAGUUUUUUUGAAACUGCCGCAGAUAGGAACCAAACAAAAAUCUCGUGCUAAGUGUAGCCACAUACCUGCAUAGCAGCAUCGAGUUUUACUUGAGUUCUGAUCCAUUUAGGGCUUCAUUGCGUGUUAAUGGAAAAUGAUCAGAAAUAACUUCAGCUGUGGUGUUGUCGGUAAAGUGUCCAUAAACACUUGAAAUCGGUUAGAAAAGAAUCUCAAGUAUCGCCCUUGUGUUAAUUACAGAAUAGGCCUGGAAUUUGAUAAGAUUAUAUUGAAUUAGUAUAUAAGGUUUUGCAGAAACGAUCAUCAGCAUCAAUUGCUUGGCUUGGCGACUUGCAAGAUGAAAUACAGCUUGCUCCUGCUUCUGGCGGCAGCUGCCAUUGCCUCCGUGCAUGGCAAAGCCAUUAGCAGCCAAAAUGAACGCAAAGCUGUCUACUCAGUAGACAUCUUACGUGACGACCCUGAGCCACCAGCUACUCCUCCUGGCCCACCAGGAACUCCUCCAGAACCACCAGCGACACCUGAACCACUCGGUGAUGAUCCUGAACCACCAGCGACUCCUCCUGGCCCACCAGGAACUCCUCCAGAGCCACCAGCGACACCUGAACCACUCGGUGACGAUCCUGAACCACCAGCGACUCCUCCUGGCCCACCAGGAACUCCUCCAGAACCACCAGCGACCCCUGAACCACUCGGAGACGAUCCUGAACCACCAGCGACUCCUCCAGGCCCACCAGGAACUCCCCCAGAACCACCAGCGACCCCUGAACCACUCGGUGACGAUCCUGAACCACCAGCGACUCCUCCAGGCCCACCAGGAACUCCUCCAGAACCACCAGCGACUCCUGAGCCACUCGGAGACGAUCCUGAACCACCAGCGACACCUCCAGGCCCACCAGGAACUCCUCCAGAACCACCAGCGACUCCUGAGCCACUAGGUGACGACCCUGAACCACCAGCGACUCCUCCUGGCCCACCAGGAACUCCUCCAGAACCACCAGCGACCCCCGAGCCACUCGGUGACGAUCCUGAACCACCAGAGACUCCUCCUGGCCCACCAGGAACUCCUCCAGAACCACCAGCGACUCCUG